AUGGCACGAAUCACCAUCAUUGGAGCUGGGAUUGUUGGUCUAGCUAUAGCGGCACAACUCUCUCGAAUCCACGACAUCACCGUCAUCGCUAAAAACCUUCCUGGCGAUGAUCCGACCCUUGAAUGGGCUAGUCCUUGGGCAGGUGCUAAUUUUGUAGCAGGCUACUGCAGUUCACCGCGCGACAGGAAGAUGCAACGUGAUACUUUCAUCGAGCUCUGGAGGUUGGCCAACCGAUUUCCAGAGUCCAGUGUUAAAAGGAUUCCGAUGGAAGAGUUUUUCGACGAAGAGCGGACAGAAGAUGACCUUUGGUUCAAGGACUUUGUGCCAGACUUCCGUUUACUUGAAAAAGAUGAGUUGCCAGAAGGAGCAAAGGGUGGAAUUACUUACACAACUAUCGUGCUCAACCCAAACAUCUUUCUCCCUUGGAUGCGAAGUACUCUUGAGCGAUCAGGCGUCAGGUUCAAGAGGCUUGAUCUCCAUGCGCUAUCGGAUGCGCGCCACCUCGGCCACGAUGUUCUUAUCAACGCAACUGGCCUGGGACCUAGGCAUCUGGUCGAUGUUCAGGAUCCGGAUAUGCUGUUCCUAAAGGGACAAAUUAUUCUGGUAAAGAGUGAUUACAAGAAGUGUUUGAUGCGUGAUGAUGGAAACGACUACACGUAUGUCAUUCCUCGACUUGACGGGACGGUGAUUAUGGGAGGUAUUAGGGACCCAGAUAUCAGGUAUGUCAAGAUCCACGUUCCUACCUUCAACACCACUAAUCGCCACUUCACAAACAGCAAUACGGAAGUAGACCUGGACAUCGAUAAGGAUAUCAUAAGGAGAGUUAACAAGAGCCUGCCCACCUACUUUUCUGUAAACCCAGCAGACUACGACAUUGUUGGGCAUAAUGUUGGUAUCCGCCCCUACAGAUCAACGGGAAUGCGCAUCGGAAAAGAGAUCAAAGACGGUCAAAACAUCGUUCACGCUUAUGGAAUUACCGGAGGGGGAUAUAUCUUCGGAUUCGGUGUAGCGCGAGAGGUUGUUAAGCUUGUUGAUGAGCUUUUAUAUCCUGCUGGUAAAGCUUAUCUGUAG